UUUGUUAUUUAAUAGUCACAUGGGUAUAUAAAUCUGACUUUUUUGCAAUGUCAUGUUGAUGGCUAUUUUUAUGAAAAUCAUUUGACACCAAUGAUACUUAAGAAGAGGGCGGAGAAAAGGGCGGUCUUCAUUAUCUCGAUAUUGGCAAACUUUCUCCAAAAUAAACAGUCAUUUUUGACACUUGAAAUGUGAAUAAAUUCAGGCGUUUUCCAUUAGACCCAGAUAUGGAGUGCAUGUCCUCACAAAAAAAGACAAGCUCUUGUGAUCAAGCAUGUAGCCAUGUGGGUUUGAGGAAUGGUCUGGUACUCCUGUCCUUUGCAGUAUGCAUACUUUUCAUUUGGAAUAUUUGUUUGCAGCUUAAGAUCUCUUCCAAUUCCGUCUCAGUAAAUGGAUGCAUCAGUAUAAAUGAGGCAAAGAAAAAUGCAUUUAAAAAUUCUGAACCCAAGAAUUUAGAGGAUAAGUUCAUGCAAAAUCUAUCCAGAAAGCGCCGCAGUAGAAGACAAUUACGGAAUCGAGUGACGGAUCUUGAGGUAAAAGUAAGGUCCCUGGAAGCUGCUGUGAUGAAGAAAAUUGUACAUUUAAGAAUGAACGAAGAAAUGAACGACACGGUGUUGUACAGUAGAGUGGAUAACAUUGGGCAUUGCCCAGGAAACUCACCAAAGCCAUGCUUGAGAUGGGACACUCCUAAUGCAGAGUUCCAGCAUAUGUUCGAUUACGUCAAAGAUGGUUACAAUAAACCAGUAGCCAUUAAAGUUCUGUCUCCUGGAAUCUACACCGUGUAUGCACAGCUUGCAAUCAGUGGACCUGACACAAGCACAAGGUUCGAUCCUAUCGUCGGCUUUGAAAUAUUUCUCAUCAGGGGACCAGCCAAAUUCACUUUGACGAAAGGACUUACUACCCAAGAUCAGAGAGGUCGGAGAUAUCAUAACACAGAACACAGACAAGUGGACACCGUUUUCGUUAUGGGAACAUUCAAGUUCUUCUGCGAUGACAUGGUUUAUGUUAGUCUGCUCGAUUCUACAAAUUUAUCGUACAGAAGCGACGCUUCCUAUUUUGGAAUGAUUCAAGGCAACCCAGCAAGUGCUCUUAUUGAAGGAAACCAUGCAUGUGACCCAUAAAUGGGACAUAAUUGGGAAGCUUAUAGAAACUUUUUUGUGAUUCUUGCCUAUUUGGUUUAUUUUUUAAGAUGGCAGAGUCGAUAGGAUUUCAAGUCACAUUUUCUUAAGAUAAAUUUGGUUAUUUAUCUUUGGUUCAUGUAUAAAUAAAAAAAAGAGCGUUUAGAAUGGUGCAUUAGAAUGUUAUAUAGAGUAAAUUCAUUACAUGCGUAUUUGAAAAGAACCAAUAACCUACGCAUCAUUAAAAUUGGUUCAGUUAAUUUGUAGUUUUACGGUUGGUGUUUUCCCUUUUAUGUAUAUAUCAAAGGCCAGUUAAAUAUAUCAAUUUUUGUUUAGAUUUUGACUUUAUAUUUUUUUAUUUUUAGCGUUGCAUCGUUUGAUUGCGAAAAUCAAACUCUUUUUAUCAUAUUAGCUUUAGACUGAAAAUGGCAAAACAUUACAUUUUUAUUUGUUUACCACUUUUGUGUGGGAUUUUACAUUGGUAUAGUGUUCAUGAUUUUGUUUAUAUAGGAUUUGUUAAGUACAGAUAUUUUUUAAAAUGAAUUAUGAGACAACUAAAUGCCAAUGCAUGCAACAAAAAUUCUGAAUCCUUCUUAUCUGUUUGUUUGUAUAUUCAACAUUCAGGUUAUACCAUUUUUAUAUUUAUGUCUUUGAUUGUAUAUAUAUAUAUA